AUGUCUAUCGUGAUCGAGCCGCAGGAGUACGGUCCUCCAGAGUCCGCAGAUGGAACUCUCAUCAUCGUGAUCUGCAGAGCCAAACACCUCCCCAACAGACGAAAGCUCGAUAAGCAGAGCCCCUACGUGACAGUGCGGCUCGGGACCACCGCCCAGAAGACGCUGUCGCAUUUCAGGGCAGGCCAGACCCCCGAAUGGACCCACGAAAUGAGGUUCACACUCACCAGAGACCGCAAGCCAUUGCUCAAGUUGGACGUGUUAGACGAAACCAAGCAUGAUCCCACCCCCAUUGGAAACGUCGAAAUCGACUGCUCGGUCAUCUUCUCGACCCCCGACCACCAUCGCGACGGAAAGUACAUCUACGACAAGUGGUACGACUUGACAUUCAACGGAAGAAGAGCAGGCAUGAUCUACUUGGAGAUGACGUUCUAUCCCAGUGCUCCCGUGCUCCCUCCCAAGGUGCCUCACCAGCAAUCACAGGAAUACACCGCAUACUACGACUCUGGGGCCUCCAGAAGCCCCAGUCCCACCAAGAACACCACCAGAACCAUCACCGAAGAGGUGUUUGUAAAUUCCCAAAACUCGGAGAAAAGAUCAUCGCUCUUCAAAUUUCUGGGUGGAAGUGCCACCACCACUGAUACCACCCCGUUCUCCAGCAGCCAUGGGUCUGCAGAAGAAGAGCCCCAGGUUUUUGUCACCCUGCACCAAGAGGAGCAAAAGGGUGCAAAAAAGUAUGCCACCAAAUUCAACAAGCUUAAGAAUAAAUUUCUGUCGAAGGAACCUAUCACAAAUUUGUGGCAGUCGCCCCAUUCAGGCACUUCUCCAGGCAAGAAGACCAACCUCAGCCCUAAGCACAGGCUGACAUCCCCAAUUAGCCAAUACGACAUAGACAACUUGGACCAGCUCCAAAGAGACAUCUCCAAGUCGCAGUAUGAGCUUGACUACCACCUCCAGGAGCCGGAGUAUGACCCCACGCCUCUUCCUCCAGUCCCACCACCCCAUUCGGCACCGGCCCCACCACCCCAUUUCAUCAAGUCCUCGCCAUCGUCCAACAUUAAUAUGUACAAGGACGUGCCGUUACCUCCACCUCCAAAAAGCGGUUCCACGUCCAGAAAACCUCCGGAAGAUUUGUACCAAAAAUUCACCAAGUUGCAUAUGGACCCUCCAGCCCCCCCACCCAAAACCACGGCUAUCCCGUUCUCUGCUGACAGCAUUGGCUUGGAUGACGACGAUAGCAAUCCAGUGCCCACAGAGGUGUACAUGAUGGGCAAGCCGGCCAAAUCGUUGACCACGGGAUCCACUGACGAGGGCUACAAGCUCAACCCCAACGAAAUUGACCCCCGGUUCUAUGCCCCAACUCCUAGUGAACACCUCAAUUCCACCCUCAGGCUCCAGUCCGGAAAGAACCUUACCCGGGAAGAGUUGGAGACCGAUUUGAGAACCUCCAGAACUGGGUACUUGGGCAAUGGUAAGUUCUCUCCCAGUGUGUUUGAGAGAGCAGUUCAGAACAACGACUGCGACAGUGACGUGGUGGAUGACGACUACUACAAUGGCCAAAGCCAGUACAAGCCGCGAGUGCCCCCCAAGGUGCCCCAGGGCUUGACUGAGGUGGAGUACUACGUGUUGGAGAAGGAGAAGUAUUUGCAAGAUCUUCAGGGAAGGAGGCUAUGA